GUUGGACAAGGGUGGCUGGUGUCGGACGGCCCCGCCCCUGCAGCGAGCGGACGACACUUUUGCUAGGUGAAUGAAAGACAGCCUCCACUACGCUAUGGCUCUGUUUCCGUGAGGGAGAGCCAUGGGACUUGGUCUGAGUAAGUCUCUAGUACUGAAGCGCCUGUUGAGAGUCUUGAGCCUUGUGCUGAGCCCGUCGUUGCGUGUCCGAAGGGUUGCAUAUGUACAUACAGCACUGUCAGUGGGUGCUCUCCCUGCUCUUCCCUCCUUCCUUCUCUCAGGGUUUGUGCUUUAUGGGACCACACACACACAUGUACAGUACAGCGACAGAGCAAGGACGUCGUUUUAACUUUUCUCAGGUGGAAUUGAGCAGCAACCCACAGCUCUGUGAAUCAGAUGGAUCGCAUGAGAGAGCAAAGAGAAACGAUGCACGCGUUGGGCGUCCUCGGUCGGGCGUCGAAAGACACUUCUGCCCCCAAUGCCUCCGACAGCUCGGAAAAAAGGUUUACAAAGACCCAUUUCUACACUAAUGAUAGAAAUGGCUUCCCACUGCAAGAACGUAGUGAGGGAUAGUGAGGAACUGUCUUCA